UUUGUAAGCGCGCCCGUCGAUCAGCGAGCCCCUCGUAGGGCUACUACCACGAGUGCUACCUAGAUGCUACCACUCAACUGACACCAUCCGUCGUUUCUGCUGCUCAACUUGUCAUGUAUGAUGAUUGGCAAAAAUAUGCAGACAGAGGCAACGAAACAGAAAUUAGCUGAACUGAAUCGUAUAGCAGAAAAUAUUGUUUAGUAGUUUAGCCUGUUUAUGAAAUUACUUUUUUUACAUAUAAGUGCCCGUUGAAAUCAGCGCUAUUUAGUUUGUUAAACUCAAUAAUUCAUUAGCCCUGAACUACCUCAAAUACCUAUAGGAAUAAGUGAGAAUAUUUAGCAGUCUGUCUUUUGGACCUGUCCGUAUUUUUCGUGAACAAAGGUAAGGAACGCAAACUUAACUCAUUCUGAAUCGUUCACUAUAAAAUAAUUAUGUAACAGCAGUUCGCAUGGACGGCAGGAAUGCUCGAAAUUGACUCGGAUCUGUAUGUUGAUGGUUAGCGAAUUACUAAAUGUAAGUUGAUGAUACAUUUGAUAUCGAUUGCCCAGAAAACUAAUCUAAUGUAUUAAUAUAGGAAUUUAUAACUCUCUCGCGGAAUAAAGUUUUCAUGAAUUCGGUUAAUUCAGGCGACGAUCGCAGCUUUUCUUUCAACAAUUUAUAAAUUCAUUUACCGAAUUGAGAGAUGUCGUCGAAGCAUUCCAAGGCCGGAUCCAGGAGCAGCGGAAACGGACUGCCAAUCAACUCCGGCGCGAUAGGGACAACUAUCUCCCAGUCUGCGGCCGCCCCUUCGACAGACAAUGCGGUAGGCUCCGGUCCCCAGGUAAACGUAGAUAAGCAAAUCUCUGGUCGCCAUGAGACAGGUACCAUCCCAAAAGGUUUUAGUAAUAAACCCGGUAGUACGACUAGUUUUCCGCGCCGUAACCCGCCACGUGAUGCGCGUCCGAAUCGUCAGUCGAGUUGUCAAUUGUGUGAUGGGCUAGAUAACAUGAACAUGAUUCAGUGUGAUGCGUGCAGAGGAUGGUUCCAUUGUGAGUGUGCGAAGGUAACGGACGAAACCGAGGAUCAAAGUUGGAGCUGUGCCAAAUGCGCCGCUCUUCUCCGUCGUUCGUUGGCUCCCUCUGGUGAUGGUCGAAAUUCGGAGGUUCAGAUGCAACAAAUUCCAAAUCCGUCCCAGCGAUCCAGGAGCAGUGGGAAAAGUAUGCAGAGUGAGGCAAGAAGGAGGCUGAAGCUGCAGUUGAUGAAAAUCGAAGAGGAGAAAAGGCUUGAGAAGGAAUUUUUGGAGAGGAAAUACGAAGUUCUUCUUGAGUUUGGGAGUGAAUCGUCAACAGUGGUGAGUGACAGUGAAGCGAUCCUCGACAAUGCUUCGAAGAUCGAACAGUGGAUGGCCGAUACAGAUUGUUUUGGUGCCGACGUGGAUUCCGGUGUAGCAGAUGAGGUAGAUGGGCCCGUGGCGAUUAACUCGCGGAGGCCUGCGGAGCAUUCUGCUCGAAACCUCAGACAAAACGUUGAGCAUUCAGUUCAUCAACUAGGUCAGCAACCAUCACUGACCGGGCGAGGCUUCCAGUUCGCAAAUUCUCCUAUCGUCAGCAAUCAUCCAGCGCAGCCUGCACAACUUUCUCAUACGAGGGCGGAAACAGUAAUGCAGCCGAAUCGCUUCAUCCCAGGGCAACGAUCGACUCCAAUGGGCGGUGAACAUCAGCGUCCGACAGUUCAGCCUGUGCAGCUCGUCGACGACAAGACGAUCUGCAUACUUAACCGUAGUCAGCUGGCUGCGCGACAAGCAGUCCCAAAGGAUCUCCCAGAGUUUGGUGGAAACCCGGAAGACUGGCCACUUUUCUUUUCGGUUUUCAACAGUUCCACUCAAAUGUGUGGAUUUUCAAACGAAGAAAAUAUGCUGCGUCUCCGGAAGUGCCUUACAGGAAGGGCGUUAGAAGCAGUCAGAUGCCGACUUCUCCAUCCGUCUAACGUCGCAGGAGUGAUGUCAACACUGAAGAUGUUGUACGGAAGGCCGGAAGCAAUCGUUCAAGCAAUUGUGAAGAAGGUCAGAGCUCUACCAUCGCCGAACAUCGAUCGGCUAGAGACGGUAGUUAACUUCGCGCUCACUGUUGAAAACCUGGUCGCCACGAUCCAAGCUUGCGGAGUGAAUGACUUUGUUUACAACGCUUCGCUACGUUACGAGCUUGUAGAAAAACUACCAUCGUCUUUGAAGCUUGACUGGGCCAAAUACUCGAGAAACACACCGAUUCCCAAUCUACUCGAUUUCAGUACUUGGCUGUAUUCAACAGCAGAGGAUGCCAGCGCAGUGAUGGCUUCGGUUAGCAGCGAUUCUAAGCCUCGUUCCAACAAAAAAGAUGGUUUUCUGAACGUGCACGCAGAAGGCGAUUCCGAUAGCAAUCACGUGGCGUCAUCGAAGGCGAAGCAGUAUACUUCCGACGAAAUGGACAAAGAAUGUCCAAUCUGUAAAGGCGGUUGCCCGAAUGUCGCAAAGUGUAAACAGUUUGCCGAAUUCAGCUGCGACUCAAAAUGGGCCGCUGUUCGCGAAUGUAAACUGUGUCGAAAGUGCCUGCGAAGGCACAACGGUUCGUGCCGACAACAAAAGGCGUGCGGAACAAACGGCUGCACUUAUCUACACCACCCGCUUCUCCAUACCGUCGAUAGACAGCAAUCCAACGGAACAGCGACUAACGCAAUCGUGCCUGCAGAGACAACACAACAGAGCUGUAAUAUUCACCAAAGCCAAUCAAAACUACUUUUCCGAAUUCUUCCAGUCCUCCUCUACGGGCCUUCGAAAACCGUACGAACGUACGCGUUCAUCGACGAUGGGUCCGAACUCUCCAUAAUGGAACAGAGUCUGGCCAACGAGCUCGGCAUAGAAGGGCCAAAGACAUCGCUGUGCCUAAAGUGGACAGGAGGUUCGCAACGCUUGGAGAAUUCUUCUCAGAGAGUCAGUUUGCAGAUAUCUAGCAGUAAUGAUCAAUCGAGGAAGUAUCAGCUGUCUUCAGUACAAACCGUCAAAAGCCUUCAGAUUCGACCUCAGACGCUAUUGUACGGUGAUCUCCAAGAAACGUUCCGGCACCUCGCAGGACUACCGAUUGAGUCAUAUGAGAAUGCCUGCCCACGAGUUCUCAUAGGCCUGGAUAAUCUCAAUCUUGGCCACCCGCUAAAGAGUCGAGAAGGCCGACCGCAAGAGCCUAUAGCCGCCAAAACACGACUUGGCUGUACUAUCUACGGAAGCUGUGCCCCUGAGUGUACAACCGCGAGUUCCGUUAACUAUCACUCUCUUCAGGUAUGCGAGUGCAACCAAUACUCGGACGAAGACCUGCACCAAACCGUAAAAAACUAUUUUUUGCUCGAUAGUAUCGGCAUUGUGAAACCAGAUAAGCUGUUGCAAUCGCGAAACGACCAACGGGCACAGAUGCUCUUGGAAUCGCACACCAAACAACGAGAUGGGCGGUACGAAUCAGGACUACUCUGGAAGUACGAUACCGUUCGACUUCCAGACAGCAAACCAAUGGCACUGAAGAGAUGGGAAUGUCUGGAUCGGAGGAUGAAGAACGACCCGCAGUUAGCGAACGUAGUCAGAGCGAAAAUCGAAGAACAUGUAUCGAAGGGAUAUAUCCGAAAGCUGUCCGACGAAGAGGUUCAAGCAGGAUAUCCCCGCGUGUGGUAUCUACCAAUAUUUCCGGUAGUGAACCCAAACAAACCCGGCAAGACUAGGCUCGUUUGGGACGCAGCUGCAACUGUCCAUGGAGUAUCUCUGAACACCGUCUUGCUGAAGGGCCCAGACCUGUUGACUUCGCUGCUGUCAGUACUAAUGCAGUUCAGAGAGUACAAAAUCGCCGUUUGUGGUGACAUCCGUGAAAUGUACCACCAGAUCCAGAUGCGGAAUGAUGACCAGCACUGCCAGCGCUUCUUCUGGAAGGAACAUAUAACUGACGUCGAGCCUAGUACGUACAUCGUUCAAGUGAUGACCUUCGGAGCCUGUUGCUCACCAAGUACGGCGCAGUAUGUCAAGAAUGUGCACGCAAGCAAGUUUCAGCAAGAAUAUCCGGCCGCCGUUGAGGCUAUUGUGAAGCGACACUACGUCGACGAUAUGCUUCUAAGCGUAGAGCAGGAGGAAGAAGCAGUUCAGCUGACACGAGACGUGAGGGAAAUCCAUGCUUCGGCCGGCUUCGAAAUCCGCAAUUGGGCAUCCAACUCUUCUACAGUAUUGGCGCAAUUAGGCGAACCUUCUACGGCUGAGAAAAGUUUCGGUGAGGAUGGCUGUGUUGAGAAAAUUCUCGGCAUGUGGUGGAACACGUCUACAGACCACUUCACGUUCAAAAUUUCAAACCGCAUAGACGAAGUCUUGCUGUCAGGGGGCCGCCGUCCUACAAAACGGGAAGUCCUGCGAAUUUUGAUGAUGGUUUUCGACCCGCUAGGCUUUAUUGGCCAUUUCCUAAUGGUGCUGAAGACGCUACUUCAGGAAAUAUGGCGAUCUUCAAUCGGCUGGGACGACGUGAUCAACGAUCAACAUUUCGAAAAGUGGUCAACCUGGUGCGCAGCUUUGCCUAAAAUAGCAGAACUUCAAAUUCCUCGUUGCUACCGUUCCCUAACAUCUAUAUCCGAAGACAACGAAGUUCAGCUGCACACGUUUGUAGACGCAAGCGAAGCCGGCUUCGCAGCGGUAGCGUACUUGAGAUUUCAAGAGGGACCAAUCGUCGAGUGUGCGCUAUUGGGGUCUAAGACAAGAGUUUCACCACUGAAGUUUUUGUCCAUCCCUCGAUCUGAACUUCAGGCUGCCGUUAUUGGAGUUCGCUUGGCGCAAACCGUCUGCAGCACGCUAUCGUUCGCUGUAAAACAUAGAUUCUUCUGGACGGAUUCUAAGGACGUGCUUUGUUGGCUAAAUUCUGAUCACCGUCGUUACAGUCAGUUCGUUGCCUUUCGAGUUAGCGAGGUUCUAGAAGUUUCGGAUAUACGCGAGUGGAAUUGGAUUCCAACCAAGCAAAACGUGGCAGAUGAGGGAACAAAGUGGCGUCAUAAUUCGGAUUUGUCUUCAUCGAGCCGCUGGUUCCGAGGUCCGGAGUUCUUAUGGAAAUCAGCUGAGCAUUGGCCCUCCUCAAAACAUCACAUUGGAAGCACAACUGAAGAGCUACGUCCACAUCUGCUUCACCAUACAAAAGUAGACGAAUGCGCAGUCGACAUUAGUCGAUUCUCUGAUUGGCAAAAAAUGCUUCGUUGCACUGCCUAUGUACUCCGCUACGUUCGAAACUUGAGGCUUACCGUUCAAAAGGCAGAUCGCAACAGCGGACCGCUGAAUAGCCAAGAGCUGAGAGAUGCAGAAAACUACCUGUACCGCGUGGCACAGCUAGCUGCCUUUGCCGAUGAAUUACAAUCCUUUCGAAGAACAGGAACUCGGAAAAUCCGGACAAGCAUUUGCCAAGAAGUAGCCCUCUCUUUCGUCAGUGCGUCUUUCUGGAUGAAGUUAAGGUUAUUAGGGUCCAAGGAAGAACGCAAGCCUGUUCGGUCAUCCCCCGAGAUGCAGUUCAACCAAUUUUUCUUCCUCGCGACCACUCAAUCACCAAGCUGAUCCUCCUCGACUUCCA